AUGUGUCAAAUCAGUCAAAUUCGUCAAAAUUUAAAAAUUUCGAGCAAUGCCGAGCUCGGACCAAAUCAGUUCAGCUGCAGUGUCUCGCACUUCCGACUUCCUCGAAAGUAAAUACUCAAAAUAUUUUCUUAUCCCUCAACGUUACGUCUUUUCCCUCCUCGCUACUCUCAUACUCACCAACGCAUCCUCAAUCCAAUACAGUCUGGAUAUCUUAGCUUUGAAUAACUUCAUUUUGGACAAAAAGAUCCAAACCAACGACACGUGUCCCUUUACCAAUCAAACCCGAGAAAGGGACCACAUAUUACCCAAAAACGAAUCGGUUUUGGUCUAUGAUUGGGGACUUGAGACACGCUACAUGAUCAGGGAUUCGUUCUAUUGGACUACUUUGUUGGUCUCAAUCCCAGGAGGGGUUCUUUCGGAUCAGUUUGGGGGCAAAUACAUUGUGACUUUAAGUGUCUUGUUUUCGGCUUUUACCAAUUUUGUUGCCCCAGCCGUCAUUGAUAUGGGCAAAGGGAGAGUGGGAUUCGUGAUAAUGGUUCGAGUUUGUCUCGGUUUGUUUCAUGGUGUUUUGGACGCGGCGAUAAUGGCGCUUCUUGCACGUUGGGCCCCCAUUUACGAACGUGCCACCAUGUCGAGUCUCAUUUACGGGAGUAGAUUUCUAGGGGAGCAACUCUCCCAUGCUGUGCAUAAAGCCUUCGAGAAUUUCACUUGGAGACCCAUGCUUUAUUUUCUUGCAAGUGUUCAUCUCGUUUUGGGCGUUUUUUGGCACUUGCUUGUGUAUCCAAGUCCGGCCCAAAACCCGUUUUUGGCAUUGAGUGAGAAGAGGUAUUUGGACGAGGAGCCCGAUUCGAGUUUGGUCGAUGGUUGGAAAAAAGUCCCAUGGAGUAGGAUACUCAAAUCGAAGGCUCUUUGGGGCUUGUGUUUUUUCCAAAUUGGCUCGAGUUGGUCCUGGGUUGUGUUUAGGGAAACCCUUUUUUUGUAUAUGCCGAGAGUUUUAAAAUCGCAUGCUGUGUGGGAGACGGCUUGGUGGACCCCUUUAUUUCUUUACUAUGGUUUAGCAUUAUUUUAUGGGUUUGCUGCCGAUUGGUUUGUUAAAGAACGGCAUUUGAGUGUGACUGCGAUGCGAAAAUUGUACGUCCUUAUAGGUAAUUUUAUUCCCGGUUUAUGUCUCAUUUUUGUAACUUUUGAACGCUGUAACGAAUUCACUGUUAUGGUUUACACAACAAUUUCUUUGUGUUUGGAUGCAAUGUAUUUUGCCUCAAAUAUGGUUAAUGGGUUAGAUUUGACGUCGAAUUUUGCCGGGACUAUAACAGCAAUCACGGGUACUAUUGAUUUUUUAAUUCUUGGAUCGAGUACUCUACUAAUCAAUGAUUUUUUCGUGGCUAAAGAUUCUUUGAGUCAAUGGAGCUUCUUACUUUGGUUCUCGUGUGCUGUUGAAAUUGGUGGUGCUGUCUUAUUUUUAAUGCUUGGGAGUGGAGAAAGACAAAGUUGGAAUUACAUCGAGAAGCUGAUAAACUAAAAACAAUAAAAAACUAUUUCUUGUGG